GGGCUCAUUGCUCGCAUACGGCUGACAGCUCCACAGGGCCAAGAGAUAUUUCUUUCUUUCUCGGCCCACCACGAAGCUCGUCAUCUCCUUGCUAGCCGUCCCCCGGUAACCAGCCAUUCCCGCGAGCUCCCACCUCUGGUAAUGGACGCCGUCCGCUCUUUCCUCCUCGGCGGCGGCCUCACCGUCUCCACCGCCACCGGCGCCACAGCCCAGGCCAACUCUAUCCCACACAUCUCCCCUUCUUCUCUCCCUUGGGCCACUCGCCGCCGCUUCCACCGCCUCGCCGCGGCCGCGUCACCUCACUCGCCGCUCCCCGCUUCCUCGACCCGCCCGCGUUGCUCUAGGUGGGUGGUGGUCAUGGACGACCCGCCCGCGCAAGCGGGCGUCGGCGAGGUGUCCCGUGCGGAGGCCGUCGACUACUACGUCGCCACACUGGCCAGAGUGUUGGGAAGUGAGCAGGAGGCGCAAAUGUGCAUAUAUGACGCGUCGUGGGACAGGAGCUACGAAUUCUGCUGCGAGAUCGAUGAGGAAGCGUCCAAGAAGCUUGCACAGAUGCCUGGGGUAUUAGCUGUUAGGAUGGUUAAGGGUGAUGUGCCAGAGAAGGAUAAUCUGAGGUCGAGCCUCUCACCAGUUAACCUUGGAAGCUUCAGUGAUGCUGCUUGUAACAACUCUUCUAGCGAGAAAAGUGAGUUUUGGCUUGUCCGAAUGGAGAAGCCCGGGGUUGAAGUUGUGACAAAAGCACAAAUGGUAGACCACUAUACCCAGAUCCUGGUGAAAGUAUUGGGGAAGAUGCACAAGUUAGCAUAUAUCACGUUUCAUGGGAAGAGAAUUAUGGAUUCUGCUGUCAUAUUGACGAACAAUGUGCGAAGGAGCUAG